GUUGCUAAGCAACGAAAGCAUGUAAUUCAAAACUCGGUAAACAUGCAUGGAUUUUUUUGGAUUUGCUAGAAAUUAAUCAUCAUUAUUUGGAAGCUUCUUUUAUCUCCUCAUAUUUUAAAAGCCGCCCCCAUUGAGUGAUUUUAAAUAUAUCCAUAUAUUCUAAAAACAUCAUUCGUAUUACUUACAAUGCCAAAUAUUUUACGCGCAAAGUGCAUUGUUGUUGGAGAUCCUGCUGUUGGAAAAUCUGCUAUUGUACAUACAUUUCUCCAUGAUAGUGAUAAAUUUCAAAAGAAUUACAUAAUGACAUGUGCAGUAGAAGUCAAAACUAAAAUAAUUGCGAUUCCAGAUAGUGUUGAUGCUGUGGAAUUAUUGAUUUUUGACUCAGCAGGAAAGGAUGCAUAUUUAGAUUUCCAGACCCAACUGUGGCAUCAUCCAUCCAUGGUAUGUGUUGUUUUUGACCUGACAGAUGAAAAUUCCUUUAAUAAUUCUUCCAAAUGGUUGGAUAUUGUUAGAAAUACAGGUCGUUACUUAACAGUGCCUGGUGUUUUGAUUGGUUCCAAAUCUGAUUUGAAGGAAAGAAGAGUAGUCAAAGCAAAUGUUGCUCAAGAUUAUGCUCGUAAAAACAGUCUUCAGUAUUUUGAAUGUUCAGCGAAAGAAAACAAAGGAGUUGAAGAACCAUUUUUCUAUUUAGCAAAUGAAUGGCACAAGAUGUAUUUGGAAAAAGUUGAAUAUUGCAAAACUAUAUCGUAGUUUUGCUAAAAAAAUACCAUUUGUACAGAAGAAAUUUUAUUAACCAAUAAUCAGAGGAUAUUAUAAAUUAUUAUAAUGAUUUUAUGAUUUUUCAUAGUACUCUAAAGGCACUGUGAAUAUAUAAAGGGAAAAUGAGCUACAUUAUGCAAAAGACAUUAUUAUUUAAAUAUUAAAGAGUAAACUAAAAAAUUUUAUCUUUGGCUCAGAAUUAAAUUAUUUUUAAUUUGAAAACUAUAUAAUUUUAUUAUGUAGUUUGCCACUAUGCCACCACUAUUCAUUUU